AGUCGUGUACAGUAUCAUUUGACCACUGGCGCUGUGUAGUGUUACAUUUGAACAGUGAAUACAGACUAAUAUCAACAUGUGCGGGGAUAUGGGCAAGGCGGUGCUGCGCGCUCUGACGGGUGCAUUACUCUGUGGUUUGGUUUCCGAUGCCGCGUAUUUACAAAACUACGACACAUAUCCAGUUAAGUACGAGCAGGCGGUGUACCGCAAACCGCUGCGGGAACACGAAAAGCCUCAGGAUUUACGCAACGUGCCCGGCGUGCCUGGCGUCGACUAUCCUAUCUACCACCAAGUACCAGACACCAGGUUCUCAUGUGCCCACGUGCCUGUACACCCGGGCAUGUACGCUAAUGUCGAAACUGGAUGCCAGGCGUACCACGUAUGCCAUGACGGUCGUGAGGGACACCAAGGUGCUGCUUUCCUCUGCACAAACGGAACUCUCUUCGACCAGACUAAGUUUGCUUGUGACUGGUGGUACAAUGUUGACUGUUCACAGGCUAUUGAACACUAUAAAUUAAACGCAGAUCCAUUGAAGAACCCUUACGUACCAAAACCAAAACCAGAGGAGGUGGCGGAACACGGAGUUUAUUACAAACAUGACUAAACAAACAUCAAAUUGUCUCAUCCGGUGAACAGAAUCACAUCUCUUUCCUUGAUAGAUGUAACUCUUUUCAUUGCAUGGGUCGUUAUUGCAAAAGUUAAAAAGAGACCACCUAUUGAAUAAUUACUCAUGAAUUUUAAUCGUAACGUUAAUAAGAGCACAGAUUUCAAUAUUAACAAUAAAUUAUUAAAAACUAAAAAUUUGUAUAGUAAUCAAUUUAUAAAAUGAUAUUGUUUAUUCCUUAUCCAAGUAGCUGCUAUUAUUAAUCGACUUCUAAAAGAAGGAGGUACUCAUCAUCAUCAUCAUCGUCAACUCACUAUACGUCCCCACUGAGGGCCUCGGAGCCUACCCUAAGUUAAGGGUGAUUAGGACAUAGUCAACCACGCUGGCCAAGUGCGGGUUGACUUCACACAUAUCUUUGAAUUUCUUCUCAAAUAUGUGCAGGUUGCAUCACGAUGUUUUCCUUCACCGUAAGAACGUCGGAUAAAUGUACAUAUGUAAAUCGGAAAUCGAAAAACAUAUUGGUACAUGGCGGGAUACGAACCCAGGACCUGCAGAUUGCAAGUCAAGUGCUUGACCCUGAACCUCCGACGCUCUUAGGAGGUUUUCAAGUCGUCUCAAUUCUUGAUAUAAAAAAGAAAAAUUUCAGUAGUAUGUAACUGGCCUUCAGUUACAUACUAUUGCAAGCCAUUCAGAAAUUAAAAAGAAAAAAAUAUUAGUACCUAUAAAAUCAGUGGAACAAUAGUCAUUGAUCCAUUUCAUAAAAGAUCUUAUUGUAAAUUAUGUGCUCUUAUUAUUGUUUCAUUAUUUCAUUAUUUAAAUUCAUCUUUAUUCACUACUCAUUUUAUUAUUAAGCUACUUUUUACAUUUAAUCACGAUAAAUAUAUUUCCAUUACCGUUACUGUAAAUAUUUGAAAUUAUUCCGUUGCAAGAUUCAUUCAACAUCAAUGUAUGUAUGGCCGUCGUAAAUUUGGAUGGCAAAUAAUUUAGUUAAAAAUAAGAAAAUGUUUUUUAUAUAGACAGACAAUAAACAAUCGUACAAAAUACAAAACAUUUUUUUAUAUGAGAGAAAUUAUUAUUAUGUUUUUAUUAAACAAAAUAAUUUCGUAAAAUUUAUUUUACAAAAAAAUUAAAUUUAAUUUAAUUUUGUUGUCGCUUUCAUUUUAUUAAUUUUAACGUAUGUUUUUAUAUUAAAAUAAUUAUUUAUAAACUGAAUAAAAUAAUGCAUAUAUAUUAUUGUAAAACAUAUUUUUUAAAGUAAUAAAUGUCACCAUAAAAUUAAAUGCGAAAUAGAAAUUAAAUAGUCUCCAUUCAGAAAUAAAAA